AUGGGGCUCAUCAGGCGACGUCGUCUGCUCGUUCUCGUUGCUGCUUCCGCGGCUCUCCUCUCGCUGCUCGCGCUCCGGGAUGCGGCAGCGGCGCCGACGGUGAGGGUGGGCGUCGUGGUGGACCUGGCGAGCGACGAGGGGAGGAGGAGCCUCGCCGGCAUUUCCAUGGCGGUGGACGGCUUCCACCGGCGGCGGCGCCAUCCGGUGGAGCUGCGCGUGAGGGACUCGCGUGGGGAGGAUGAUGCUGCAGCUGCACACGCUGUUGAGGACCUUGUCAACAACGACCAGGCGCAGGCCAUCGUCGUCGUAGGUAACCAGCCUCCGACGGCAGCGGAUUCGGCUGCGCGCCACCGCGUCCCCGUCCUCACCUUCCUCAUCUCCGGCGCUGCUCCGCCGUCGUCACGUCCACCCCACCGACCGCCCGCGCCGUUCUCUCACUCACACGCCAGCUCCUCGCCGGCGCUCGCCGGCAUCCUCGCCGCCAUAUUGACCUCGGCAGCGGGAGGCUCGCCACCCCAUGGCGUCAGAAGAAGCGCCGGCGGCAGGAGGAGAUUAGCCGGGAGAGGAAGCUUGCCGGAGGUGAUGAGGAUCGCCGUGCCGCUGAAGACCGGGUUCCAGGCGUUCGUGAACGUGAAGAGUGAUCCGGCGACCAAGAGGCUCAACAUCACCGGCUACUGCAUCGACGUCUUUGACGCCGCCAUGGCGAGGCUGCGGCCUCUCCGGCGGUACGAGUUUCACGUCUUCGAUGGCUCCUACGAUGAUCUCGUGCGCAGCGUGUCUUCAGGGAAGUUCAGCGCGGCGGUGGGCGACGUGACGAUCACCGGCGAGCGGGAGGGCCUGGUGGAGUUCACGAUGCCGUACACGCCGUCGGGGGUGUCGCUGCUGGUGCUGGAGGAGAGCGACGCCAAGCCGAUCCAGUGGAUAUUCGUGAAGCCGCUCACCAACGACCUCUGGUUGGCCGCCGUCGGAUUCUUCUUCUACACCGGCUUCGUGGUGUGGGUGAUCGAGAGACCCAGGAACCCGGAGUACCAGGGAUCGGGCGUCAGGCAGCUCAGCACUGCCUCCUACUUUGCUUUCUCCACCCUCACUUUUUCUCAUGGCCAGAUUAUCAAGAGCCCUUUAUCAAAAAUUGUUGUGGUGAUAUGGUGCUUUGUAGUGCUGAUUCUAGUGCAGAGCUACACGGCGAGCUUGUCAUCUAUGCUGACAGCAAAGAGGCUCCGGCCAUCAGUGACAAGCUUGGAUCAACUCCUGUCAAAUGGUGACUAUGUUGGAUACCAAAACGGAUCAUUUGUGGGCUCACUCUUGAAAAAACGAGGGUUCAUGCCAUCCAUGUUAAGGCCAUAUGGAACGCCAAAGGAGUAUGCUGAAGCUCUGAGGAAUGGAUCCAAGAACGGAGGAGUUUCGGCGAUCGUUGAUGAAAUCCCCUACUUAACUUCUUUCCUCUCUAAUCCCCAAUACCAGAAAGAAUUCCAGAUGGUUAAUCGGUUCUACAAGACCCCAGGAUUUGGCUUUGUAUUUCCUCUAGGUUCUCCAAUAGUGCAUGAUCUCUCUACAGCCAUCUUGAACCUGACUGGAGAGAGUGAAGGCUCCAAAAUUGAAGAGAAGUGGUUUGGCUCAAGUGAACACUCCACAGGAGGUGAUGCAAACCCAAGCAGCAGCAGCAGCAGCAGCAGCAGUGAUUCCAACCCUCUCACACUCCAAAGUUUCUCUGGCCUCUUCAUCAUCAGUGGCUGCAUCUCAGCUCUCAUGCUUCUGAUAAGCAUUGUGAACAGGUUUGUUUGCGCCAGAUGCGACAAGGAAGCUCGUGUCCAUGAUGUGCAGGAUGAAGGCCACAGUCUCACUGACAACAGUAAUGCACCUGAUCAAGCUGUCCAAGAUGAUGGAAAUGAUGGAUCUCAGCCUGCCCAACCGCUGCAGGGAAGUGUUGGCGAUGAACAGCCUCAUCCAGUGCACAAUGGCACUGUGCCUGAACAUCAUGUUCAGAUAGAACCAAACACUGGCUGAUAUGUCGGUGUGGUUGUGUACAGAAACCCUUUGAAAUUGCAGAAACAGAUAUCGUUUGGGCCUUGUUUAGGAUGCAGGAACUUUUCCUGAUUUUUGCAGGGUCUGGAUAUUUGUAUCUGAACUUUUUGCCGUCCAAACAGGGCGUUUGUUUGGUUGGGUAUAUAUAGUUGUGUAGAUAUUUUAGUGAACGCAUUCAUCAUCUGGAAUUGUUUUGUAUUGACAUUUCGUUUGCGUUGAUGUAAUAUGGUGUAAAUGACCAGUUAGUGAGAUAAAAACCUGAACCUAUGAUAAGCUUUGCGACUUGUCAGAUGAGAUUCCUCAAAGCAGAUACAAGUUGGUAUGUU